AUGGAGAAACGACAGACAGUGAAGAUGGUGCCAUCCCCUGAUUGGAUCGUAGGAGUGUCUGGUCUGGAGCUGUGCCUCUCGAACUGUACCUGGGUCGAGACCUAUGUGAGGAACUUAUAUCCUUGGGACGCUGGCACUGACAGUGGAGUAACCUAUCUCAGUCCAGAUAACAAGACUGAACCUAAGGAUCGCAUUAGAAGGAUCACAGCUGCUUUCCCCUCUGAUCCAAAUUCUCCAUUUUACUCGUCUUCUGGUGAAUUGAAGCCUCUAGCACGACUUUAUUUGACAAGACAGAGAUUGUAUGAAAAAAGUUGCAGUGGGUCAAAUACUGAAAAUCCUGAAGAGCCUGUUUCAUCCAGAAACUGUUCAGUGGAUGAAUGGUCAGAUUGGAGUCCAUGCUCUGUGUCAUGCAGCGAAGGAGUGAGGGUCAGACACAGAAGAACAUAUGGUAGUGAUUGUAAAUUUGAAGAUGGUGAAGAGAGGGAAAUCUGUGUGGAGAAAAAAGAGUGCAUUUUCACAUCCGAAGAGGCAAAAGAGAUUUGCGUGUUACCAAAGCCUUCAGGACCAUGUCGAGGAACAUUUGAGAAAUAUUAUUUCAACACUGAAACUGCUUCAUGUACUAAGUUUAUCUCAAGUGGUUGCCCCGAUAGCCUAAACCAGUUUGACAAGUUGGAAGAUUGUGAAAAAUCUUGCGCUUCGGUCAAAGAUUCCUAUGUCACUCUCAAGGUUCUUGAUACUGGUCUUGGGGAUCCUAAGGAUUCCGUAGAAUCCAUUGUUUUCCACCUUGGCUCCCAUCACCUGCCAGCUAUCGACACCUGGGACCCUACCAUUUUGAAUCCAGACAUCAAAGAUUGCACCAGCAUUCCCGCUUCUGUCCCUCUUUGCCAGAGGCAUGGAGUUUCCGGGCUAGGACCUGGUGUGCUUCAGAACUGGCCCGGGCUUGCACAAACCGGUUUCUUUGCAGCUAAGGCUGGUGUACCCGACAGCGCAGUCCCAGGCUUUGCUUUGAGCCUCUUUCCUUCUCUGAGCACCAGAGAACUUUGA